UGGAGAGUGUGCGGUAGCAGCUAGCCGAUGUGAGAAGAAGUAUACUUUGAAAGAACGUUUUAUGAGAAUCAAACCAGUAAUAAAGGUAGAUACAAACUGUUGCUCUUCACGAGAGGCACCCACUACGGCCGGAGACAAGGUACAAAAUGGAUCCAGCCCUGCUCAGAGAGAGGGAGCUCUUUAAGAAGAGAGCCCUCUCCACACCAGCGGUUGAGAAACGGCCUGCCCCUUCAGACUCUUCCUCCUCUUCUUCCUCCAAGAAGAAGAAGCCCAAACCGGACCGGGACAGCUCUGCUGGGUCCAAGCACAGCACAGACUCCAGCAAUGGAUCAUUUAACUUGAAGGCACUGUCAGGAAGCUCGGGGUACAAGUUUGGAGUCCUGGCAAAAAUAGUAAACUACAUGAAGACUCGCCACCAGCGGGGAGACACCCACCACCUGACGCUGGAAGAGAUCCUGGACGAGACCAAGCUGCUGGACAUCGGGCUGAAGCAGAAGCAGUGGCUGAUGAGCGAGGCCCUGGCCAGCAACCCCAAGAUUGAGGUCCGUGACGGGAAGUACGCCUUUAAGCCCAAGUACCAUCUGAAGGACAAGAAGGCCCUGCUGAGGCUGCUGGACAAACACGACCAGUUGGGCCUGGGAGGCGUGCUGCUGGAUGACGUGGAGGAGGGCCUGCCCAAUGCACAGAAGGCCAUCAAGGCUUUGGGUGACCAGAUCAUAUUUGUGACCAGACCAGACAAGAAGAAGAUUCUUUUCUACAACGACAAGCACUGUCAGUUUGUGGUGGAUGAAGAGUUCCAGAAGCUGUGGCGGAGCAUUCCUGUGGACUCCAUGGAUGAGGAGAAGAUCGAAGACUACCUGAAGAGGCAGGGGAUCUCCUCAAUGCAGGAGACGGGACCAAAGAAACUGGCGCCCAUCCAGAAGAGGAAGAAACCAGGGGCUCAGAAGAAGAGGCGCUUCAAGACGCACAACGACCAUCUCGCUGGAGUGCUGGAGGACUACUCUGAUGGAGUCCCUGGCAAGAAGUGACCGCGCUCUCCCACCACCAGCCAGCAGGGGGAGCUGCCGGUCACCGUAAGGAAGAGCGCGGAAAGGGGCAGCCGCACCCCUCUGAGAGGCCCGCUCUGAACCCUGCUUGGGACAACUACUACUUUGCCAAAAAAGAUAAUAUAAAAGGGCACUGCUGUUUAUUAUACUGUAAUGCUUGGUUCAGAAACAUACAAAUGUGAAUCUGUGUAAAUAUCUUUUUUCUUUCAUGCUAGCAUAGAACAGACCUGGGGUAUGGUUGAUUAUGAUGUAAAUUGCGAGGCUAUUAGGAAGAAAACUCUUUGCUGUCAUCCGUACCACGUUUCUUGAGCUCCUUUUAUUACUGGAGCCCAAACCUAUGCUGGACAUUUUACCUGAACUUGGAUGGAUGUUUAAAAUAAAAAAAGCGUAAGAAAAUGGAAUUUUGUUUCAUUUAGAGAACAUAGUACUCCUGUACCAAGUCCAGGGGUCAUUUAAUCCAGGAAUAAUAAAAGAAAAAGAAAAGAAAAAAGAACAUUUUAA